GCUUAGCAUAAGUGUGUCUCCCUCAUCAUCAUCAUCCUCCUCCUGUGUGUGUGUUGUGGUGUUGUUGUGUUUACCUCUGGUUCCCUGAGGGAGCCGACUGCGUCUAAAGCCCUCCUCUCCUUACUAGUCGCUCGAACGCGUCAGUCGACUCGCCGGCACCAUGGAGCCGCUGGGCACGCGGUCCAGCACCGUCGCUGUAGAGACGCUGGAGAAGUGGUGCCACGCUCGGCCCCAGCCGAGCGAGUCGGACGGCCCGCUGGCGGUCCUGCCACUCGGCACGGCCACCGCCGCCAUCGCCCCCCACGCCCGGUGCCCCCCCUCGCCCUUCCCGUACCGAGAUGACAUCAACGGAAAGAUCGCCCUAUGGAAGGGCGACGUGGCGCACCUGAACUGCAACGCCAUCGUGUGCCCCAACAACGAGCACCUCAACGACAAGAACGCCGUCAGCGACAGCGUGCACACGCUCGCCGGGCCGCAGCUGCACGACGAGCUGCGCAAGCUGAACGGCUGCCGCACCGGAGAGGCCAAGAUGACGAAAGCCUUCGGCCUGGCGGCGCGCUUCAUCGUGCACACGGUGGGGCCGCGGUACAACUCGCGCUACCGCACGGCGGCCGAGACCUCGCUGCACGGAUGCUACAAGCGCGUGCUGCACAUCGCCAUGGAGAAUCGCCUGACCUCCGUGGGGCUGUGUGUCAUCAAUACGCCCAGGAGAGGCUUCCCAGCAGCUGACGCGGCACACAUUGCCUUGAGAACCGUCCGCAGGUUUUUGGAAAACCACGGAGAGAGGAUAUCCACCAUCGUGUUCGCCGUGAUGGAUCAAGACGAGGCGGUGUAUCUGCACGUGCUGCCCCUCUACUUCCCGCGCUCACCUGAGGAGGAGGCGUGGGCGCUCUCGCUGCUGCCCUACGACAUCGGCAACGCGGAGGGCGAGCCAGUGGUGGCCGAGCGGCAAAUCCGCAUCACCGACAAGCCGGGCCAGGUUGACAGCGGCUCGGAGAGUGAUGGCGCGGAGGACGCGAGCGACGACUCGGACCGAGUGGACGGGGAGAUGGUGGGCGUGGGCGCCCACGCGUUCGCCCGCAUGGAGGGCGACCACGACAAGCAGAGGCAACGGAGCCUCAUGUCGCCGCCGUCGUCCGACUCCUGGCUCAAGGCUCACCAGCGAACGUACCAGCGCUGGCUUCGAAGGGCAAGGACCGAAGACCUGUCUGACAUCGCAUCACUCAAGGCCCUCUACCAGACAGGAGUGGAUAACUAUGGGCGUCCCGUGGUUGUGAUCGUGGGCAGGAACAUUCCAAUCCCCGUCAUCGAUCCGGAGAAGGCGCUUCUCUACUUCAUCCACGUGAUGGACCACGUGGCGUCACGCGACUACAUCCUCGUCUACUUCCACACGCUAACGAGCGAGGCCAAUCAGCCCGACGCCGCCUUCCUCCGCACCGUCUACAACACCGUGGACUUGAAGUACCGGAAAAACCUCAAGGCUUUCUACAUUGUCCACCCGACGUUCCUCUCAAAGGUGAUGACGUGGUUCUUCACGACGUUCAACGCGUCGGGGCUCAAGGCGAAGGUCCACAGCGUGCAGCGGCUGCAGCAACUGUUUGCUCACAUCCCCCCCGAGCAGAUCGACAUCCCCCCCUUCGUACUCGACCACGACCUCCAGGCGAACCGCGCGUAUUACACAGAUGACCCGUUGGGGCACGAUCUGUAGGCGGAUUUGGAGCAACUGGAACCCCGGCGGCAAUAACCCCGUGGCAGCAGCGGCGGCGGCAGAAGCCGCGGCCGUCGCGAGCCAUCUCCUCCCGCCGAACCCAGCCCCCAGCGCCGCUCGCCGUCCCCAGCCUCUUGUAAACCAACGCGGUUGGGGCUUGGCCCUGACAUUGUUGGACCGCGCCGGCCAGCCGGCGGCCCUCCUUCCCGUGCCGCGUCAGUUCGAUGCGUCCUCUCUCGCCCACCGAGCGUCGCCGAUACGCGCCCGGUCGGCACGUGCGUCGGAGAAAAUGUCAAGACUCUUCGGGGGGGGAAAUUAUUCUGGGCGCUGCUUGCCGAACCGUUAAUGGUUUGUUUGCUCCAUUUUAAGGGCUUCGCAAAACCGCCACCGAAUGAUUUCGAGAGGCUAAUCCGUCGGCAAUCAUUGUACCUUCUUUCCCACUUCAUUUGCUCCCCCACGGUACGUUUAAGUGUGCGUGUGUGUGUGUGAGUAUGGGGCUGCUUCUUCCCACAUGAAGGUUAUGCUAGGAAAUCGUUGAAUAUGGGAAAUGAAUAGGGGUCGACCGUGAGGAGUAGGCUUCAUCGCGGUGGUUACGCUGUUGACGAUGUGACACGGUCAUGGUGGCGGCACUGGGAAUGAUUUGUACACUUGCUGUGCACACCUUUUGUCCUUGCGUCACAAGGACAAAAGGUGUAGCCCCCCCCCCCCCCUCUCCGAUCCUGGUUUGUCCAAAGCCGAUUCCACACCCGGGCGAUCGGAACACAACUUCAUCGCCCGCGGCUGCUUUGCCCGCUUCCGAACGGGCAGUUGUACGGCGACGAAAUUAAUCGGUGUGUUCGGGAUCGUGGCUACCGAUCAAAGGAGGUCGGCAAAAUUGUCGCUGCGAAUCGCUGAGCACAGCCGACGCUUGAACGUCGAGCCUGUCUCUCGUGCGAGCAACGCGAUGUGUGAACAGUCGUGAGUGCAUCAAGUUUUACGCAACUGAACCGCUCGGGUGUGGAGCCGGCUUGAGAUAAGGCGUCGCGAAUCGGUCGUGCGCAGGUUUGGUGAAUGAACGAGGUGCGUUACAAGUUUCCUGGGCAACACUUUCAAUGAAGAAACACGUGGAAUUUUAUAAAUACAACCCAGCUGCUUCUACACAGACCUGGCACUCUACAAUAAGCUAUUUUUAACUGCAAGCUCUUUACACGUACACACAUAUGCAUUGUAUUUAACAAAUUAUUUUGAGCGGGAAAAUCUGGUACCCACUUUGAUAGUCUCAAAUGAGCUUGUGCAUUGUAACUUUUUCUCUUCCAACGAGCACUUCCCACAAACCUGCGUGUGAAUUAGCGGGGAGCGGCAGUGCGACAUGCUUUUUAUUUUCCGCUCGCAGCCACCACCAGUGACGAUUAUCUCAAUUGGUUCUGGGCCUCCCCUAGGUCGACUCAAAUGAAUACCCGGUGCGGUGUGUAAACAUCGCCACUAGGGAGACAAAGGUGGCCAGGCGUGGUACUGGCCACCCACCCCCUCGUGUGCUUUGCCAUCCUUCACAGGUACUCGCUAACAGCACUUGCCUCAACAGUCUAUUUAAGCUAUACAGGGGGGAAUCUUUUGUCUUUUUUGCGAAUUAGUGCGAGUGUGCGUCUGAGCAAUGCCAUCGCAGUGGCUUAUUCACUGCCUUACCAUUCAAGUCAUAACAAGAACGAAAUGGCAAGUCACUCGCAUUUGUCCGGCGUCACCAGAUCUCGGCAAAGAGAGCCCCCUCCGACCCUUACCGCCACUUCAAUAUAGGUCGUGCGAGUGAUUGCCGAUUCCCAGCCGUCGGUGGCAAGUGGUAUCUGAUUCUCGACUAGUUGUCCUCCCUUAGGUCACCUCCACCAUAAAUAAAUAAACCUGGUAUGCCGUAUGGAUUUCAGGAAUGGGGAGACACUGGUGACUGGUCACAGUGCCGAUCGCACCACCACCAUCACCACCACCACUACCACCACGGCGUGUGCAGCAAUUUUUUAAGAGGUACCCCCGCAUACAGCACUUGUUGCGUCGGAUCUCAUCAGCCUGAAUUGAAGCGGUCUCCGUAUUUGCGCGUGUGUGACCUGAUCGUUUCCUGUGCCUACGGGAUUUAUGUUGGUUUUGUGCUUGAAUUUAAUUCACUGAAAAAUUCUGGGCGGAUCGGCCGCCCUCUCUACGCGGGAAAGGCACACGAGCGGCGAACAGGAGCCCUCAUCCCUCCGCCCCCCCACCAUCCCCCCCCCCCGCCCCCCACGCACAAUCAGAGAGGGUCUCCACUGCACGGCGAGAGGCAUGCAAAUGAAGAUUGCCUCUUCGGUGCCGCCUACUUUAAUAAAUGGGCGGGGAUACGGCGCCGAUCCAUUCGUAGAUGCCCCCCCCCCUGCAAUCCGGAGGGCACCGGUUCGAUUCGAUCUCCCGGUGCGACAUUCGAGACAACGCCGGCAGAUUUGUUAAAUCCCACAUAUUUCACGGCCUUAAUUUCCGUCGAACGAGGUAGUGUGUCAUCAUCAUCUUCAUCAAUAUAACACAAAUCGUCAAUUGUAAUGAUAAUAAACGAGCGACCAACUUAAAUCUUUUUGGCACCACGGCUCUCAAACCCGGCUGACUUUUCGGCAGGGCGCAAAAUCUAAUUCCCUGACGCACGCCCGGCCCGCCCGCCCGCCCGCCCGCCCGCUCGCUCGUAAUGUCUCUUCCGUGGCAAUUGGCCACGCCAGAGCUGCGCUUAAACGGAACCUGUCUUCCGGUCGGACGGGCAAGGCAUGGAAAUCAAUCGGCACACUUUAUCUACGCACAGCAAGCGGUGAAUGUCUAGCGCACGGUCCCGCUAACCCGUAGGUAUUAAGUGAAAAAAAAAAAUAUUAUUUAUUUGCCGUUUCCAUUGUGACGGUUUUUUUUCUUUUCAGUUUUGUCUUACGGCAGCUUGCCAUGCCAUGCAGUGGGUGCUUUUUUUUGUCCUUUUCGUUUUUUUUCAUUGGCGGGCGCUGAAUGUCGCGGGGCGCCCGCGAUGUCAACGCGAACCUACGGCAGCGCUGGCAACGCGGGAGAGUGGCGUGCGCGCGUGCAUCCCGCACGCACGCAAUGAAGCCACGUUGGUCGAUGUCAAAAAGAAAAACACAAAGCCUAAUCCACGUCAUUUAUCUGCGGCCGACGGAGCUGUGUGCCCACGUGCGAGUGUGUUUUGGGACCAACAAACGCUAAGUGCGUGCGUUUAAUUUCGACGCGUUUUUGUUUUGUUUGUUUUACCACGGCGCUCGAUAGGAAGCCGCCCUCGUGUCGACGCAUCGCGCUGGCCGAUUCGUUUGCGUCGCUUUGACGUCCACGCGCUUGCCACCCGCCCUCCCCCCCCCGCCGCCGCCGCCGCAAACUCACGCGGGCGAGAGAAAGCUGGUCAAGGAUCCAAGAGAAGGCAUUCCCUCGCGGCGUCCUCCGUCGAAUGUUUCCCAAAAUCCGGUCGCGGAUUUUACGGAUUGGCGCCGUGUUUUUUCGGCCGCAAGCGUCCGCGGUGGCAGUCGUCGUCCACCGCUCCGUCCGUCCGUCCGUCCGUCGGUUGCGCCCGAUGUGAUCUUGAAGCCCCGUUCUGAAAUCUGCUGCACGUGCCCUGGCCAGGGCAUUGCUUUCCACCACUCGGUUUUGAUUUACCGCCAGCCCUGACGGCUGAUUUGUUCCGCCAAAGAUUCCCACUUCCACUCUCCCUCCCCCCCACCCUCUCGCCCCCCUCCCCUCGUUAAUUUGGCACGUCGUCGCUCCAUCGAUCGACCUCACGGCCCCCCCCCCGCCCCCCCCCCAGUGCCGUUGGUGUCGAGGCCAGGGUGCGAUGACGAGCGAUGCGCAACUGGCCAACCCCCCGGACCCGGUCGUCCUGACGUGCACCGCAGCGGAGUUUAGAAACCUCGCGAGCAGAUGCCGACCACAUGUUUUUUGGCGUUCGUAUUUUAGUUUCUGUAAUUAUUUUUCGCUGUGUCGGUUUAUCGCUUUUUUUGUUACUUCUGUAGGCUUGGGUGUUUAUUUUUGGUCCCGGAUGCAGAGUUUUUACGAUGGAGUGCGAAUUUCCACUCGGUUCGGUUUCUUAAGGGGCCUAAAUUCCACAUCGUGUUUGUGUGUAGUGUCGCCAAAUUGCACAUUCUACGCGAGUGGUUGAACUUUUAGGAUAAAUGAAUGUCUUUGGUAUUAUUAUUAUUAUUCAUCUUGUGGCACGUUUGCCUGUGAAGGUCCAGAAAAAUCUCACUUUUGUCUCUGUGUGUGUGUGUGUGGGGGGGGGGAGCGGUGGCACACUGGUUAACGCACAUGGAUAGUACUUGUGUGUGUGUGUGUGCGCGCGUUUCUGUGAUCAUAUGUGUAGGUGCAGCGGUGGCGUAGCAGUUAGCGCGACGGCCUACGAACCUGGCAACAUAGGUUCGAUACCCAGACACGGUUAACAUCGAUCGCUUUUAUCUGAACCAGUAUUGGGCUCGCCUAUGUCAGCCUUAAAUGAGUAUGGUGUAUCAACCUCCGAACCAGGGAGACGAAGGCAGGCUCGGUGUGGUUCUGACCACAACACGUGAAUUGUGCCGGCCUUCAUAGGUGCUCGCUUAACUGCACUUGCCCCAACAAAGAUAUGUAGGCUAUAUAGCGGGGGGAGGGGGGUGGGGACAUGCGUGAAAAGAGCUUCAUAGCUCAUCGGAUUCUGACAGUCUAAAUAAAGAUUCUGAUUCUGGAAUCUUUACCUUUGUGUGCUUUUGUAUGUCCGCGCGCGCGUGUGUGUGUAUAUAUACUGUGUGAGGAUCGGUAGUGUAGCGGUCAGCGCGCUGUGCUACGUGACCUGGUGAAAGAGGCAAAUACUAGUAGCGAUUGUCUGAACCGGUCAUGGGCCUCCCCUAAGUCGUCUCAGGCUCAAAUUGGUAUCUGGUGCAGUGUGUAAACAUCGCCACUGGGGAGACAAAGGCGGUCGGGCGUGGUGCUGGCCACCCACCCCCUCGUGUACUGUGCCAGCCUUCAUCGGCGUUCGCUAACAGCACUUGCCCCAACAGUCCGUUAAGGCUCUAUGGGGGAUCUUUGUGUUCGUUGUACACUGCAUUCACAUCAGGUAGAGUUGGGCGGUAAUCCUCACGGGGUUACGGAUGGUCGCGUCCCUCCGUGUUUUAUCGCUGGACAGCCGGUGACGGACGGCUGUCUCCGCGGUGACGUGGGGGACGUGCCGGCGAGAGAAUGCGCCCCCCCUCGGCUCCCGCCCCCCCCCGGUCCCACGCUGUCCGUGCCGGGACGUGCGUCCCUACCACGGCCCCACCGAGAUCGGCAAUCACUCGCACGACCUAUAUUGAAGUGGCGGCAAGGGUCGGAGGGGGCAUCUCUUGCCGAGAUCUGGCGACGCCGAGAUCUGGUGACGCCGAACAAAUGCGAGCGACUUGCCGUUUCGUUCUUGUUAUAACAAUGUAAGUGUGUGUGUGUGUUGAACUUGUGUGUGUGUGUGUGUGUUGAACUUCUUUCGCACCGUGCGUAGCCGACCGUGCUAAUUGCAAGUAACAAGAACGAAAGCCUCACCGAGUCCCAACUCUCUUCUUCAGUAGGGUCCUGCCAAAUGCAUGCUCCUGUGUGUGUGUGAGAGAGAUCCCAGUCGAGUAAGUUUGUAAUGUUUUCAGCAUUUGCAUAUUGCGUGUCGUGUUCAGCCAUGGGUGGAAACUUGAGAACCCGCAGUAAACCCAUGGCGAACAUACGAACUGCACGCAGGAAGGCGCCCGAGUUAGGAAUUGAACCCCAGGCCCUUGUUGCGGUGAGGCAUGAGUUGUCACCACUCUGCGAUCUGUAAAUUCGAGAAUGAAACCGAUCCCGUGGAACCGUGUUCAUCGGCUCUUUGUGGGUUAACGUUCGCUUGCUUCACACUUUUACACAAAAGUGUAAAAAAAAACUCUACAAAGUCAGUCUAUUUGUAGGCUGCCGGGUUCACAAUGCAAUGUGCUAACCGCUGCUCCACCGCUCCCCCCACCCCCACCUCGUGAUUGUUGUGGUGCUUAAGCUGUGGACGGCAACCGGUGGGAGGGAGGGGGAGGAGAGGGCGGAGGGGGCUUUGUUAUUCGCGUCGCUUUGAGCCACUUUUGCCGGCUCGGUGGGACACGCGGGCAAGAGUCGAAGCGGACCUUGCGUGGAGACGCGGGGUGAAGUGAACCUGCAAGGGUUAACGCACGCCACCACCCCCCCCCUACCCCCUUCCCCAUGCAAGGUGACGCUCACAGUUUGUGACGGUUUGCUGCUAAGUCUAACGUGAAGAGAUCUCUGCCGGUUGCCUGUGCGGUGGAGUAGGGGAGGGAGGGAUUCGUUUUUUGUGGUUCCGUCAGUAACAAUGAGAUGUCACGCCAAUGCGGUUACAGGGCUUCACGUGUUGCGUCCGUGUCUUUCCCUGUGAUUACCCAGCUCGCUGGAGCUGGGAGGAGGAGGAGGAGGGGUUGAGAGGGGUGUAAGUUGUGCAGCCAGUUGACGUGUAGAUACUCUCCUGUCAGCGCGAGUGUAACUGUCACCGUGUGAUGGGAAGGCACACCCCGAAGCUUGCAUUGUCCUCGGCCCGUCUUGUUUUCCGUCGGGUUCAGUACGAAGGUCUAAAUAUGGCAAUUACUUCCGGUGCUGCAGUCGUUGAUCCGAAUCGCCGAGUGAUGAAUUGUGCUUUGCGCUCGGCGAUGCGUGCGUCGGAUUGCGUGUUGCGCAAGUAGGGCCGGAUUAAGAUGUUGUAGGCCCCUGGGCUGCAGGUACUGUGAGGCCCCGCAGUAAUAUUUUCAAAAAGAAAACAAAGUUUAAGAAAAAUAUAAUUUACUUUUUUUACAAGGCGAACAAAUAAAAUUCAGCAUUCACGAGUAAAAUAACUUUUCAAUUGCCCCCACGCCUUAAUCCGACCCUGCGCGCGAGUGUUUGUGUGUGUGUAAAGAAAGAAAAAAAAGUGAUUAUUUUCGAUCCGUACGUGGGCAGUCCUGCAAAAUCGUGCAGCCUGAAAAAUAUUCAAAUUUCUCGAAAUCAUCCCGGUAAGCGCACGAGAGCUGUCUGAGUGAAGUCUGACAAGAAAUCGGGGCUGCCCGAUUUCUUGUCAGAUCAUUGGCUUUGGGAUUCAUGUAUAUUUGGAGUUUUGCGGCUGUCUCUCGCACCGUGAUCGCGUAGAUUUUUCUCCAAGGGUCUUCCGGUUUUUCCCCCCACCACAAUUCGAAAUCGACGUGCAUUUUAGAAUAUUUGGCUGCUAUAAAUGUCCAAGCCACUUGAUUGAGAUGUAAUUUGUGAUAGCCAGGUCGCUUCUAAAAUAAAAGAGCUCCAUAGCUAAAGUAAAAUUCCAAACAUGUUUUUAUUUUAAAUAUCUAGAUGUUUUUAGAAUGUCCGUGCACCGUUGCACCUGUUCUACCCCUGUGUUGGGGAAACCACUCCCGGGGCGGGGGGUGCGGGGGGACAGGACACACGUUGCACCCUACACUUGUUCACACUUUUUAUUUCACCACCCCACCCCCCCCCCCAAAAAUCUAAAAUUGUGAAUGUCAUCGGCACGGCGGCUCCCGGCGGCUCCCGGCGGCUCCCGGCGGCUCCCGGCGGCUCCCGGCG